UUCAUGUGAACGCAUAGCAGAAUUCGGCCUCCGCGGGCCCGGAAAGCUGCGCUAUGCUUCAAGAUUGCUGCCUAUUCUAUCUAUGCUCAUAGAACGAGGAAUCAAUUAUGCCGAUUGAUAGUUCUUCAUAUACAAGUUCAAUCGACCCAUGGAGCUUAAUCAAGAUCUAGUGUUCUAGAUUCGCGGCCACACUGUAGUUUCUAACCAUGGCGGCCAUGAAGACAGAAGUCAAGGAGAAAUCCACCACUCGCCCAUUGGGGCACAUGGAAUGCUAUCAAUUUCACAUGCUCCAGCUAAGGUUCUUGGGAGGCACUAUCGUGAGCUGUCGCUACGCCAUCCCGACUCCUCUGGCGACGCCAGAUCUCCAUGAUCACGUCGUUCGGCAGGUCGAAGAUGCAUUAGCACGGGUCGUAAUUGAGCAACCCGCACUACGUUUUGUUGCCGUAAAGGCAGAUACCAAACGUCCUGCGUGGGUAGCUGUCGAUCAACUGAACUUUGCGCAUCACGUCCAGUGGACAGAUGUCAGUAGCGACAGCGAGACAGACGAUGACGCAGGCAUGGUUUCCCAAGAGACAUUACGGGCUAGGAUCGAGAGAUGUCUCGACGAGUCCUACGCGCAUGAACCCAAAGGCCCACAAUGGCGUGUUAUCAUCCUUUUCAAGAGCAGCGGUGAUCCCGUCCUAGACAUCAUAUUCGACUACAGCCAUGCGUUAGGCGACGGAAUGAGCGGCAAGAUCUUUCACGAGACUCUCUUCCGCACUCUCAACACAUGUGCCGUCACUCCCAGCAAGACGGAGUCAAUGAUUGCGCCGACGCUUCUAUCAAACCACAUACUAACCAUUCCACCCACGGCAGGGACCCUCCAACCCGCCAUCGAAAAAACAGGCAAGUUCUCCGUAUCAGCCAAAUAUGUCGCCUCCAUGGCGUGGCAAGAACUGCGGCCGCCGAAACUAUCAUCGAACUCGGCGGCGCUGGCCCACUGGGCCCCGAUCCGCGCGACGCCGUACAAGACGCACUUCCGCACCUUCGACAUCGAGGCCGACGUCCUGCGGGAUGUGCUAGCUGCGUGUCGCGUGCAUAAGACGACUAUCACGGGGCUCUUGCACGUCGUGGUGCUCAUCUCCAUGGCCGCACACAUCCCCGCUGCGACGGCAUUCACAAGCGACACGCCGGUCGACCUGCGGCGCCAUAUAGAAGCCGACAAAAUAAAGCGUCUGGACUUCGACCCGCGGCGCACCAUGGCCAACUACGUGUCGACCACGUGGCACAAGUUUGGUGUUGACGACGUGCGCGAGAUCCGCGCGGCCAAAAGGUCGUCAAACGGGGAAGAAGAGCCAGCGCUCGUGGCUCUCGUCUGGCGACACGCCGCGCGCGUGCGCGCCGAGAUACAGAAGAAGCUUGAUCUCGGCCUAAAGAACGACAUCAACAAUCUGAUGGGUCUCGUCACGGACUGGCGGGCGCAGCACCGCGCAAAUGCGCACAAGGCCAGGCUGCUGUCGUUCGUGGUGACGAAUCUGGGCGUCCUCGAUGGCGAGCCCGCGUCCACGACAACACAAACGACAGAGGUUGAAAAAGAGAAGGAGAAGAAGGGCCAGGACGACGCAGCGGCGGAAGGCUGGAAGAUUACGCAAUCUACGUUCGCCAUCAGCACCGAGGUCCUCGGCGCCGCGUUCCAGAUCUCGCCCAUAACCGUCAGAGGCGGUGCGCUUCGCGUGGGCUGUAGCUGGCAGGACUGCGUAGUCGAGCGCGGGUUGGCGGAAACGAUUAUUUCGGAUAUGGAGCGGUUGUUACGGUUCCUGGCGAAAUCGUAACAAUUCAUUCCUCGUAUCCAAAUAUGCACUUUGUAUUUAAUAUAACUAAUGUAGUAUUCCUUUUCUUCUACAUGAUGCGUUUCUACAUCAUUAUUUUACGGUGACGAUAUAAGAAGGAACAGUCUGGCUGAGCUCAUCGCUCUACACAAAAUCUGGCGCUUGAAUCAGAUCUUUUGCAUGUAUAAGGAUACAUAACUUUUUCUAGAACAGAGCGGAAGAGCAAAAACGUGGUUGAAACGAACUGUUUCCGCACAUGAAUAUUGCAGAAACUACUACUUGGUAACUGGGUUAACUGUGUACACUUGUGAAUGCCGCGUUAGCCAGACGACUAACCCACGACCGUGUUCCCGGGUUUUCGCGUGUUCAAGACACAAAAGGAGCAAACC